AUGCGUGCGUACUGCUGCUCUUCUCCCCCUUCCUCCCCUCCCUGGAUGUUGGCCAGGUCGCCGGCGCUGCCCUCCCCCUUCCUGACGGCCACUGAAACUGCCGCCGCUUCCUCGGCCUUCUUCCAACCCUGCCAUCUCUCGACAUCUCCAAGUGUCACCUUUUCCAAGAAGACGCAUGGAACAAGAUUAACUGUCCAGCCAAACGCUCGGCAUGGAAACACUAAAGCUGCAAGUAGGAUUCAAGGAAAAUGGCGAACACUGUCAUCUGACCCAGCUCAGGCCGCCGCUGUGGUGGAUGCCGCCGGUAACAGCAAGACAUGGGUAGAGUGCAAGCAGAUACUCACAACACUGAAUUUCUCCACCGAAGAUGCCGAGAAGAUGCUGAAGAAGGCGUUCGGAUGGCUCCAUUCGCCAUACUGGACCGAGGAGAGAAAGAAGGAGGUUCCGAGCACGGAGGUGGUAAGCGGAGUGCUGGACUACGUCAGGGGCCUCGGGCUAUCUGACGAAGACCUUUACAAGCUGCUCAAGAAAUUCCCAGAGGUUCUUGGGUGCGAUCUUGAGAGCGAGGUGAAGCUGAAUGUCGGCAAGCUGGACAGCGACUGGGGUAUAAACGGGAAGACUCUCCGGAGUGUUCUUUUGCGGAAUCCGAAGGUUUUGGGCUACAAUGUGGAUUGCAGAGGGGACUGUGCGGCGCAGUGCACCCGCUGCUGGGUUAGGUUUUAG